UUACAACUCUCAAUCUGAAUUAACCAGUAACUAUAGACCACAAUACUUUAAAGAUUUAGGAGAAACUAAAUAUAUCAAAAAGAACAAAAGAAAAGAACCUAUAGAAACUUUAUAUAAAAACUUAGAAAAACUAAAAUCAGACCUAAAAGCAGAAUUAUUUGAACUGGCACUACGAUACGAAUCUAAAAAUAACGAAACACUCAAUAUACAUAAUUGCUACGAAAACGAAGAAUACUGGGAAAUAGUGGACACAAUCAGAAGAAUCAACCUAACUAUAGAAUACCAAGAGCAAACCUAUAGUCAAUACUAUCAAGCACAACCAGAAAAAGAAAAACAGGAAUGCUUACAAAGCUCCUAUAUAAAAUUCCUUGAAGAACUAUACGAAAAGCAA